AUGUUUUAUUCUUUCCAGUCGGAGCCCUCGCGACAAGUGAGAAUCCUGCCUGGUUUAGGAAAGGUGCACGUUGUGCAUUCGUACGACCGCAUCAUCCCCUACAUCGGGCACAAGCGGCUCACCGUCGUCACGCCAACACCGACUGUGGUGCGGGUGCGUCCGUCGACGCUCUAUCGCGAAUUCGACCGCAUCGAAAACAAACUUAGACCGUACACGUACAACUCGUACACCAACGAUUACCUCAACUCCGAUAGCCAUGUGGUGAGUGUUUGCGCGAGCGAAUGUCUGGAUGAAAUCGAAACCGGACCUUGCCAGUCUAUCGUCCUUCGACCCUUUAUACCAGCCGUUAUUACGAUCCUUACUAUAUCUCCGCGUCUACUAUCCUUCUCGUACCUUGACUACACCCCUACGUACCUUCGCUCGCUGCUCCCGGCGACGAGAAGUUAUUACUACUCGCAUCUUAGUUUAUAUCCAUCGGAAAGAUUUGAUCUAUCUCUGUACCCGUCCUGGCGCCACCAUUACGCACGCAUGUUCGAUGAUGAAACGAGAGCGAUCCGGGCGCAGAUCAACUCACUGUCGAAUCAAGUGCACCUUCAUGUGCCACGCAAGCUCAGGCAGAUGCCAUUGCCCUACACACCCUACACGAGCUACUCUAGCAGAUAUGAGGAAGCACCGGCCAGGUGGUCCAACGACAACUACGUUCACAAGAUGAUCUGCUCUACACCAUCGAACUCCGCUGAAUAUACUACUUACUGGAGUGAUCCUGUCAGGAGACAAUUUAACAAUGGCCGCCUCGCAUGUGUGUCCAUCGUCGGCGGCAAGGCACAACCACGCCGCAAGAACAUCUACGUCUACCACGAUGAUCCUGUAAGGAGCGACAUUCAACUGUUGAGCUACUACAUCAAUCGCUUCCGUGAAGAGAGAAACAUCAAAAAGCCCAUCAGCGUCCGAGCCGUGGAGAGUAUUGUUGAAGAGAAACCUGUUAAACCAAAAGUAGAAGAGAUUAGUGAAUAAUGCAACUUCCUUCUACCACAUCACCAAAACAAAAACCACACACAUGAACACACACAACACCGCAUUAUCAUAAUACACAAAACAAACAAAUAAAAACAAAUCAAAUAGAUUUAAAUCAAUUUGAAAGAUGAUGCACGAAUUUACGCACACGAUUUUUUGCACAUAAGUUAAAUUUUGUGUUUUUAUUUUCAAGAUUGCAAAUAUAUUUUGUUCAGAGGCCUAAUACUUUAAGUAAACAGAAUUUAUUUGAGAUUUUUGAAUUUUGCAAACUGAUAUAACACAAAAUUACAAAAAUAAAUUAUUUUUUGAUUGUUUGAGGUUAUGUCAUGUUGCAAUGCAAGUUAAUUCAUUCAAAUGUUAUUAUUACGACUAACAAUUAAUACUAAAUCAAUUAAAACAUCAUCAAAUUUGAUUGAAUGGGUAAAACUUGCAAAAAUCUCAACUAAACACGCGCGAGUUUUAAAAAUAGUUUAAGAGAGUUUAUUUUUCGCCUAUAAAACGCAAGAUUUUUUAAAACUUGAAUCUUAAAUUAUUGUUAUAUAAAUUAACUUAAAUUAUUGUUGUUGAGAGAAUAAAAUAUUAUUUUGUUUAAAAAAA